UUGAAAUUUCUUAAAAUAUAAACAUAAACAGAAUUAAGCUACUAACUGUCAAACAAAUUCUAAGAAAAUCAACCAAAAGAUCGGUUAAUUCAACCGAUGAAUUAAUGGUAAAUUCUGAAAAAUGCCCAUUUAUAAACUAUAAAACCUCGAGACUUGAGGUUAUGAAACAUGCUUGUACUUGGCGUAGCGAUCAAUUUAAGUAAGCGUUAAACUUCCGAAGAAGCCGCUGUAACCACUCCCAAAUACCUUGUCAAAGUUAACCUGUAUAAAUCAGGUUAUGUUUCACCUGAAAAAAAGUAAACAGAAAGCUUAAUAAUAAAUUCCCAUAAUUUAACUUGGAUUUAUUCGAUUUAGUUGUGGAAAAAAUGUUUCCCACAAGUACCCAACGGAAACAUUGGAUGUUCAGCAGCGAAGAAGAAUUAAAUUCCCUAAGAGAGAACGCUAAUAGCCGACACAUUUUAACUUAUGGGAGGAACAUGAAUGAAGCAACUAAACUAGCCUAUUUCCUUAAUCCCGAGGAAGAGAAAACCAUGGUAAAACGGUUCGAAAACCACCUAAAGGAUUUUUGUAAAAGGUUCCAGCCUCCCAUGCCCAAAUGUGUUAUGGGCACAGCAUUCCACUACUUCAAAAGGUUUUAUAUAAAAAACUCUGUCAUGAACUAUCAUCCCAAAGAAAUCAUGGUCACUUGCAUCUAUUUGGCUUGUAAAGUCGAUGAAUUCAAUGUGUCUAUUCAGCAGUUUGUAGCAAAUAUUAAAGGAGACAGAGACAAAGCUACUGAUGUGAUACUUAAUAAUGAACUGUUGCUUAUGGAGCAGCUAAAUUUUCAUUUAUCAAUACACAAUCCAUUUAGGCCAGCGGAAGGGUUACUUAUAGAUAUAAAAACAAGAGGUUCCUUGCAUGAUCCUGAAAGGUUACGCCCAGGAAUCGACCAAUUUCUGGACCGAGUCUUUUUAACAGAUGCAAUUUUACUUUAUUCACCUAGCCAAGUUGCCCUGGCGGCGAUUUUACAUGCAGCAUCGAAAUUGCAAGAAAACUUGGAUUCAUAUGUUACGGAAAUCCUAUUUGCGAAAGGUGGCACAGACAAGUUGCAUAUAUUGAUAGAUGCAGUGAGAGCCAUAAGAUCAAUGGAAAAAACUGCCGGGACUAUGCCAGAUAAAAAUGUUAUUAAAAUGCUUGAUAAAAAGUUGGAUAAAUGCAGGAACCCAGAAAAUAAUCCUGAUAGUGAUAUUUAUAAAAAGAAAAUGCAAGCCAUGUUGGAUGAGGAUGAUGAUGUUUAUGCUGCUAUAUCAUCACAGAAUCAGUUGAGGGAUGAAAGUGCUUUAAAUAUGAGCAUACCUGCGUCUCCUGAUGGGGCUUAAGUGGUGUUAGGUGCGCUUUAGUCAAACUGUUACUUAAGGAUGUCUUAUUUGUAAUAAAAUAUAUAUAUUUUUUUAAA